AACGUCAGGUCGCUCUGACGUGCCGACGUCACGGCCUGGCUCGGGACGGGGCGGGUAGGAGGCGCCAGCAGUACCGAUCCGGUCGCGGCCGUUAGCCCCUUCGGCCGCGCCCCGCCAUGUUCAACGUGGAGAGCCUGGAGAGGGUCGAGCUCGGGGAGAGCCUCCUCACCUGGAUCCAGACGUUUAAUGUUGAGGCACCAUGCCAGACUGUGGAAGAUUUAACGAAUGGGGUUGUGAUGGCACAGGUUCUUCAAAAAAUAGAUCCAACUUACUUUCAUGAAAAUUGGCUGAACAGGAUCAAAACAGAAGUAGGAGAUAAUUGGAGGCUAAAGGUAAGCAAUCUGAAGAAAAUUUUAAAAGGAAUAUUGGAUUACAACCAUGAGAUUCUAGGGCAGCAGAUUGAUGACUUCACGCUUCCUGAUGUUAACCUGAUUGGAGAGCACGCUGAUGCUGCAGAGCUUGGGAGAAUGCUUCAGCUUAUUUUGGGAUGCGCUGUGAAUUGUGAACAGAAGCAAGAGUACAUCCAGACCAUAAUGAUGAUGGAAGAAUCGGUUCAACAUGUUGUCAUGACAGCCAUUCAGGAGUUGAUGAGUAAGGAGUCUCCAGUCUCUCUUGGAAAUGAUGCUUACGUUGAACUUGAUCGGCAGCUGAAGAAAACUACAGAAGAAUUAAAUGAAGCACUAGCAACAAAAGAAGAAAUUGCCCAGAGAUGUCAUGAGUUAGAUAUGCAGGUUGCGGCCCUCCAGGAGGAGAAGAGCAGCUUGCUCGCUGAGAACCAGAUUUUGAUGGAACGUUUAAAUCAGUCUGAUUCUAUUGAAGAUCCCAACAGCCCUGCAGGUCGUAGGCACUUGCAACUGCAGACACAACUAGAACAACUCCAGGAGGAAACAUUCAGAUUAGAAGCUGCCAAAGAUGACUAUCGAAUACGCUGUGAAGAACUAGAAAAGGAAAUUGCUGAAUUGAGACAACAAACAGAAGAACUUACUACACUGGCAGAGGAGGCUCAGUCUUUGAAGGAUGAGAUAGAUAUACUCAGGCAUUCUUCUGAUAAAGUAGCCAAGUUAGAAAGCCAGGUAGAGUCAUACAAAAAGAAAUUGGAAGACCUGGGUGAUUUGCGACGGCAAGUGAAACUCUUAGAAGAGAAGAAUACAAUCUACAUGCAAAAUACCGUGAGCCUCGAAGAAGAGCUAAGGAAGGCCAACGCAGCACGCAGUCAGCUGGAAACAUACAAGAGACAGGCAGUUGAACUACAAAACAGGUUAUCUGAAGAAUCCAAGAAAGCUGAUAAAUUAGAUUAUGAAUGCAAACGACUGAAAGAAAAAGUAGACAGCCUCCAAAAAGAAAAAGAUAGGUUAAGAACAGAAAGAGAUUCUUUGAAAGAAACUAUUGAAGAGCUUAGAUGUGUACAAGCUCAGGAGGGUCAACUCACCACUACAGGAUUGAUGCCUUUGGGAAGACAAGAGCCUUCAGACAGUUUAGCAGCAGAAAUUGUUACUCCCGAAAUAAAGGAGAAACUCAUUCGCCUUCAGCAUGAGAACAAGAUGUUAAAGUUGAACCAAGAAGGUUCUGACAAUGAAAAGAUUGCCUUGUUGCAGAGCCUUCUUGAUGAUGCAAACUUGCGGAAGAAUGAAUUGGAGACAGAAAACAGAUUGGUAAAUCAGAGACUUCUAGAAGUGCAGUCCCAGGUUGAAGAACUACAAAAAUCUUUGCAGGAUCAAGGUUCAAAAGCUGAAGAUUCAAUUCUUCUGAAAAAGAAACUUGAAGAACAUCUUGAGAAGCUCCACGAAGCUAACAAUGAGCUACAGAAAAAACGAGCUAUUAUUGAGGAUUUGGAACCAAGAUGCAAUAACAGUUCACUCAAAAUUGAAGAAUUACAAGAAGCUUUACGAAAAAAGGAGGAGGAAAUGAAGCAAAUGGAAGAACGAUACAAAAAAUACUUGGAAAAGGCCAAAAGUGUCAUCCGCACCCUAGAUCCUAAGCAGAACCAGGGUGCAGCUCCUGAGAUUCAGGCUCUGAAAAAUCAGUUGCAGGAGCGGGACAGAAUGUUUCAUUCAUUGGAGAAAGAAUAUGAAAAAACAAAAAGUCAAAGAGAAAUGGAGGAGAAAUUUAUUGUUAGUGCCUGGUACAAUAUGGGAAUGACUCUGCAUAAAAAAGCAGCAGAAGACAGACUGGCUAGUACAGGCUCAGGACAGUCCUUCCUGGCUAGACAAAGGCAAGCCACGAGCACAAGGAGAUCUUACCCUGGUCAUGUCCAGCCAGCAACAGCAAGGUAGAGAAGCCUUGCGCUUAGAAAGAAAACUGCCCUGUGAUCCAGGCCACUUCUGUUGCAAGUGACAACAUUCAAGGAAAAUCAGCCAGCAUCCUUUCUCUUUCUCUCUUGUUACUGCUAUUAUUUUACAGUUCAGGAAAGGGUUUUAUUAUGGUUUCUCAUUGUUCUGUAAUACCCUUUGCUUAUAUUUUUUUGGAGUCCAUCUCUUUCUCGCUGCAUUUUUUAAAGGUGCCAAAGUUUUGAAAACAUCUAGAGGAGUGCUGUAUAAUAACAGUCUUAUUUGUAUCACGCCUGGUCUCUUAGGAAAAGCCUCAUAUGGGCUGUGUAACUGUAAAUUUCUUGUCACAGUUGAUACGUUUGUGCCUAUAAGGGUUGCUAUGCUUUAUAAGAGUGUCUUUGUUCAAAGGGAAUUAGGCUUUUUAUUUCAUGUGCUAACCUGUUGCUUUAAAAAAAUGCUGAAAACUCAGUACAGAAGUGCAGAAUUAGUAUAUUAUUGUGAAAUAGAUUUGCUACUAAAAAACUUACCAAUGGCAAAAAGAAUUAAUUUUUUUUUUUAAACUCCUACAUGCAAAGUUUGUUAUUAUUUUUGGCAUUUAAUAGGGAAGCAGGAUGAUUUUUUUCAGGUUUUUCUUUAUCUACUGGUGUUACCUCUUGCUGGCAGAACUGAGUGUUUUCAAAUGGUUUGUUCCACUCUUCUUGGUCAAGUGUAUGCUUAAUAUAUAUUAUAAAAAGGUUGGGAAAUAUUUAGAAUGCUCUAAUAUGCUACUGCAUCAUCCAUUUAAAAAGGACAUUUGUUUUAAAAUUUUAUAAUUAAGGAUGAACAGUACAUAAUGGAUCAAGGCCCCAGUUAAUAUUGUUGAUGUUAUUGUAUUCCAGUUAUCAUCCCCUACUAAAAGACUUGCUUUUAAUAUAUUGAUUCAGGGUAUAAUUGUAUCAGUUGCCUUACUAAUGGUACCAGUGCCUUCAGGUGAGUUUGUUACUGACUUUGUUGGAAACUGGCUGUGAUUUGUUGUACUGCCUUUGUAGCGUGUAGCUAGUUAAUUGUAUGUAACUCAUUGUAGCACCUUCAUGUUGAUCAGUGGGGUGGAUGGUGGCCCCUACUAUUAAUGUAGGUUCUGUUCCUACAAAGUUCUCCCUUUUCCCUGACUAAUUCUAUGCUCUCUGUAUCAUUUUUGUCAAAUAGUUGAUGGGCACAGAGGAUCUGAGUAUUGGUUGAAAGUUUCAUAUACAUACAUUUUGUGCUGAUUCAGUUUUAAACAUUUUUCAUUUAGAGACUGUUUGGACCCUAAUGCACAUGCAGUCUGGUUUAUAAAUUUAUUCUUUUACCUUAUUUUAAUGCUCUCCCAAGUGAAGACAUUUUUUCAUAAAUCCCUUUAGAGAAAAGACAUAUUUGCAUUUAUUAAUCAUCUGAAGCUCUAUGUUAAUUCACAGCUUGGGUGGAAUGAGCAAAGGAUAAUUAAAACAAGCACACCUAGAUUAAAGGGUAAGGAACAGGUGAAUGACACUUUUAGGUACUGUUUUAUCCUCAAAUACCUCAUCUGUUUUAAUCUAGGCUAAGAAAUGCAUUCAGUGUAUGUCUGAAAAAAAUUAUCAGUUCUGAUUUUUUUUUUCCCCCCAGUAACACGAAAACAGAUGCUGAAGUCUAUUAACUGCAUAUAGGUUUUGUCUUUUAUUCUUCACAUUUGGAAAAAACUGAUUUUCUAAAAAUUCUCUUAUUCAACGUAUGACAUGUCUGGGCUAUGCUUGCAAGAUUAGAUAAGAGAGUGAAAGUAUCUUCUUGUGCAGAAAGGUAACGAUGUAAAGGAAGUUUAGGACAAUUUCUGAAGCUCAAUGGGCUGAUACUCAUUUUGCUGUCUCUUACUGAGAUACAGAAUACUAAAGGGAUAAGAAAUCAUAUGUGUUACCUAGCAAGAUGACCACAGUUUGUGUGGGACAUCUUUUACUGAUCUUACUGUGCAAUCCAUUCUAGUCAUUUGAAGAACUCAUUACCACAUGCCAUGUGCGAACAGGAGCAAGUAAGAUCACUUCUCUGAGAAAAUUUGAUGUUCUUUCUGAGAUUACAGCAUUUUAUAUCACCCAGAGAAAGAACCUAAGAAUACCUAAAGCUCCAUUUUUACUUUCAUGUGGCUGGCUCUGUCUGUUACCAAACUGCUAAAGCCUAUUUGUGAAAGCAAGGAAUAGCAGGACCUUAAUGGGAAGUUUUAUCUCUUAAUUUUGUCUAAUAAUUUAAUUUCCUGUUGCUAUUAAUUAGGUGCAGGUAUAAAAUAACUUGAACACAAUCUGCACACUACAGUAAAACUACUUGCUGUUAUUAUUUUAACAUCUGUUUUACCAUUUUGCCCCCAAAGUUUUGAUGGCAGGCAAAUGCCUCUGAUGGUUAGGAGAUGAACAAAUGCUGAUUAGAAGCCUCGUUUUUAGGUUUUACUUUCUUAUCUCUCAUGGUUUCUUUCGCUUCUUGGUCAUUGUUGGCUUUUAUCUUCUGCUUUGUAGUUCUGGUUGGUCUUUCCAUUUCCUUUGAGAUAAGACACUCAAGUGUUUUCUAUAGUUCCCUUCAAGAAUAUAGAGCAUCAUUAUAUACCAUCAAAGACCACAGCAAGACUAAUACUGAAUCUGUGCUUUACUGUUGCUCAUAGUAAUUGUUAGGCAAGAUUGAACAAGCAUUUGUCUUUUGAGAAUUUGCAAACUUGUAGAAAUCCUGGUAUUUCCCACAAUUUCUGUUGAUUAUAAAAAUCUAAAAAUAUACUGCAAUCUUAUAGAAAUAUACUACUGUGUUGCUAUCCAGUUCCAGUAAGUCAUUUGUUCUGUCUUCUAAUGGUAAUCAUCAGGAAUUUAAUUCCUUGUUCUUCAGUGUUUUACUUCUAUUAUUUGCUGCAUACAUCUAUUCUUAAUCUUUGGGUGUGGAUGAAUGCAGGUGGUGAAUAAACUUUCUCUCUCACAAGAACAGCUUCUUUAUUGAAAGGGUUCAGCUUCAUUAUUUUCCUUGCUUAUUAUGUAGCUAUGGAAGUAGUGUGGUAUUAAGAAAAAGAAGGGGCUCAGAGUGUGACUUCAGGGAAUAAGCACAUGUAUAGAUGAGUUAUCAGUGAAUGCUGUCUGUCUUAUCUUCAAUAAUAAAAGAAUAUAAGCAAAAAAACCCCAUAAAACAGAAUUCUCUCAGUACAUUAGAUAUUUUUAAGAAGCUUUUAGGAACACUUUUUCUGGGGCAACAAAGACCAUUUACAUCAAAAUUGUAGUGGUAAUUAUUAAACCAAUGCUAUAUCCUGCCCUGAUACACCACAAAACCCCCCUGCAGAUUGAGGUUAAAGAGAAAAGGCUCUCCAGGGCAGUGAUAAAAGAGCUGAAGGGUUCAUUAGAGUCUGUUCCUGAGCACUGGGCUGAAGAUCUACCCAGAAUAAUCUUUCUGAGAGAUUUUAAUUAAUGCCAAUAAAAGAUAACAGUUAAAUGGACAAAUAUUUUUCAUUGUUCAGAGCUGAAGCUUAGUUUCUGGUCUUAAAGGAUGUGUGUGCAGUCCAGUUCAUAUACUUCUGUGGAGAGUUAAGUUAGUACAUCUGAUCAGACAUUACAGAAAAGAAUAUUCAAGUUCCUCAUUUUCUUGAUAGCAACACGUAACCACUUGGAUCAUAACAUUUAUUUUGUAAGUGCUGUGAAAACUGAGGUGAUCUGAUUUAAAGGUUGUGUGUUCCACCCACAGUGCAAAGGGAAAUAAAGAACUAGAGCACACAGCUUUAUAUAGUGUAAAAUGAAGUAAAUAUAUAAUGGGUACAAGAUGCUUUUCAUUAUCUGUUUGGAAAUAAGCAAAUGGUAAUCUUGUCCUGUUCUGAUGUCACUUGAGAUAGCAGUAAUGCUUUGGCAAGUUUUCUGUGGUUUUCUGUUCAUGUAAGGAGCACCGGCAAUUUUAUAUUCAUUAUGUAUGCAAGAAUUAACAGUGAAUAUUCCUAUUACUGCUUUAUGAUGAUCUUAAAUAGUAAGUGGUGUGUGCAAGCUGUCAAGAAAACUUAAGAGGAUUUGGCAAUCUUAAAGUCCUCGGUAUUCUGACAUGUGCAAGUAGCUUUUGCUCAGUUCUCUAGUAUAUGAGACUAUCCACUUAGCAUCCGGGAUGAUUUUUAGUGGGUUUAAUUGUCUUGAUGUGUUGACAUUUUCUGUAGCUUUGGUAAUUGGAAAAUAUUUUAAUUUCACCACUUGGUUUUCUUCUAGUUAGUGAUUUGGAGGAAUACUGUCCUGAAUGUGGCUAAUUUUUCUUGUUCUUACAAAGCAAAACAGUACCUGAAUUUUAUACAUCUUAUAGAGGUUUUUAUUCUUGCCCAACAUUUUGACUUUUUGCAAGGAUUGAUGAGGGAGGUAUUUUUGCACUCAGUCAGCUAUGUAAUACUGACUCCUUAUGGGUUAUUGCACAUGUGUUUUAGGUAGAAUGUGGACUCUGUGUUUUGCAGUAAUAUUGUAUUGUUAAACUUCAGUAUCUCCAAAGCUAGUUUAGCAAAUUUUGCGGGCAUUUUCCUCACCAGUAUUGUGCAAAUAAAUAGCUAAAAGAGGUUACUCUGUCAAGGAA